UUUACAUGAGACGCUCAAUCCACGCGCAGCGGCACCGCGAGCGGAAUGACACCGAGACACGCGCGUCUCCUCCUCCUGCUGCUGCUGGAGCUCUGUGCGAGCCGAACCCGAGCCGGGGGAAAGCCGGACGAGGACCGGGACAAGAGAGGCGACGCAGAGAGCCCGUGUGAGGUGAAGACCGUGACCGUGUCCACUCUGCCUGUGCUCCGGGAGAAUGAGUUCAGCUUCACCGGCGCGGGAUCCGGGAGUCUCGCCGGAGGGGAGUCCAGACUCAUGCUGUUCGUCAGGACUGACCUGCCGGGUCGCAUCUCGGUUCUGGAUGAUCUGGACAACACGGCGCUGCCCUACUUCACCUUAGAGAUGUCGGGGACCGGAGCGGACAUCUCUCAGGUGCACUGGAAGCAGCAGUGGCUGGAAAACGGGACGCUGUAUUUCCACGUGUCCAUGAGCAGCUCCGAGCAGCUGUCGCAGGUCACGCAGCCCACCGUCCGUGAACCGCCGCGCGUCCUGCACGAACACAUGCACCUGCUGCACAUCUCAGUGAUGGGUGGUCUGAUUGCUCUUCUGUUACUUAUCCUACUCUUCACGCUGGUACUCUACACCCGUCAGCGAUGGUGCAGGCGCCGCCGGGCCCCUCAGAAGAGUGCCAGCACUGAGGCCACGCAUGAGAUUCACUACAUCCCUUCCGUUCUCUUGGGCCCUCCGCAGAGCAGGGACAGCUUCCGUGGGCCCAGACCCCUCCAGCACAGCUCUGUUAUCGGCAUGCCCAUCCGCGAGACGCCCAUCCUUGACGACUGCGAUUGUGAAGAGGACGAACAGCCUGGACAUCUGCUGGAUGGGAAAGCACAUUUGGAAGAUGACUUGUGCAGCCAGGGGACCCACAGCGUGGACAGUCUGGGGAAAGGGAUGGGAGAGGCCAACCACAAACACAGUCUGGAUAACAGAGCUCUGGAUCCCGAUCAAGAGAGCGUAGAGGCCCUGAUGCAGAGGUUUAAAGAGAGUUUCCGGACCAACACCACUAUGGAGAUAACACACUUCCAGAACGUUACGCACAGCUCCUCCACUGGCCGGAAGAGAGGACAAACUCACACCAGAGCUGGAGGCAUGUUUGUCCGUCAGGCAGAUUCUGGGUCAGAAAUGGAUGACGACACACAACUCAAGUUCUACACGGAGCACAGGGGCCGUCGCCGCAGCAAAGGCUGCCCACAGAGUCCCAUGAGCAAAGCCACGUUAACACUGAUCACCGUCUGCACGUGUGUGGUGGCGGUCGUGUACGGCACGCAGACGUCCUGUCCUCUCACCGUCAAGGUCACGCUCCACGUUCCUGAACACUUCAUCGCUGACGGAAGCAGUUUUGUGGUGAGCAUGGGCAGUUAUCUGGAUGUCUCCAACUGGUUAAAUCCAGCCAAACUGACGCUGUACUACCAGACCAACUCCUCCACCCAGUGGGUGAGAGACUACUGCGGUCAGAGGACAACUGACCCCUGUGAACAGCUCUGUGACCAGGACACUGGGGAAUGCAGCUGUCUGGAAGGUUACGCCCCUGACCCAGAGCAUCAACAUCUCUGCGUUCGCACUGAUUGGGGCCGCAAUGAAGGUCCAUGGCCGUAUUCAAACCUGGAGAGAGGUUAUGACCUUGUCACAGGGGAACAGGCUCCAGAGAAGAUUUUCAGGUCAUCCUACAGUCUGGGUCAAGGCCUUUGGCUGCCAGUCAGCAAGAGCUUUGUGGUUCCUCCGGUGGAGCUGUCAAUCAACCCUAUAGCCAGCUGUAAGACAGACGUAUUGGUUACAGAGGACCCUGGAGAAGUGCGGGAAGAGGCCAUCAUGUCCACAUAUUUUGAGACGGUGGAUGAUCUGCUUGCAUCCUUUGGUCCAGUGAGGGAUUGUUCCAAAGACAACGGCGGAUGCCGGAAAAACUUCAAAUGUGUUUCAGACAGAAGGAUGGACUCCACUGGCUGCAUGUGCCCAGAAGGAUUGAGGCCCAUGAAGGACGGUUCGGGUUGCUAUGACUACUCGCUGGGUACAGACUGUACGGACGGGUUCAAUGGAGGCUGCGAGCAGUUGUGUCUUCAGCAGCUGGUUCCUCUUCCUGAUGACCCGACUUCCAGCAAUGUGCUUAUGUUCUGCGGGUGUGUGCAGGAAUACAAGCUAGCAGCUGACGGCCGCUCUUGUCUUCUUCUGGCCGAUCACUGUGAAGGACCCAAGUGUGUGAGACAAGAUUCACGCUUCAACGACACGCUCUUCAGCGAGAUGCUCCGUGGGUACAAUAAUAAAAGCCAACAGGUGAUCCUGGGACAAGUCUUUCAGAUGACCUUCAGGGAUAACAACUUCAUCAAGGAUUUUCCGCAGCUGGCCGACGGGUUAAUGGUGAUUCCUCUGCCGGUGGAGGAGCAGUGUCGAGGAGUUCUGUCGGAGCCUCUGCCCAACCUUCAACUGCUUUCAGGAGAUGCCCAGUUCAGUGAAGCCACAGGAUAUCCCAUGAUGCAACAGUGGAGAGUGCGGAGUAACCUGUAUAGAGUGAAGCUUAGUGCCAUCACCUUGUCCACAGAUUUCUCUAAGGUGCUGAAAUCCCUGACGGCAGACAGCACACGGGAAGAGUUGCUUGCGUUUAUUCAGCAGUAUGGCAGUCAUUACAUCUCUGAGGCGCUGUAUGGGUCUGAACUCACCUGCAACAUCUACUUCCCCAGCAAGAAGUCCCAGCAACAGCUCUGGCUCCAGUACCAGAAAGAAGUCACGGAUCAGGGCGGCCGGCGGGAUCUGAAAGCUGUACCGUUCAUCAGCUACCUGUCGGGCCUGCUGAAGACGCAGCUGCUGUCUGAUGACCUGGUGGCUGGCGUGGAGAUCCGCUGCCAGGAGAAGGGCAGCUGCCCGGCCGCCUGUCACCUGUGCAGGCAGGCAGGCCGUGAGACGCCCAGUCCGACACCGGUCCUGCUGGAGGUCAGCCGCGUCGUGCCCCUGUACAGCCUGGUGCAGGAUAACGUUACUAAAGAGGCCUUCAAAAGUGCCACGAUGAGCUCAUACUGGUGUGCGGGGAAGGGUGAUGUCAUCGAGAACUGGUGCCGCUGUGACCUGACUGCGCUUGGCAAAGACGGGCUGCCCAACUGCAGCCCCCUGCGGCGGCCGGUACUGAGACUGGCUCCACACCUGGAACCCUCCAGUACGAUGGUGGCGCUGGAAUGGAUCGAUGUGGAACCUCUGAUUGGCUACAAGGUUUCAGAUUACAUCAUUCAACAUAAGCGAGUAGAGGACCCGUCAGAGGCAGAAAUCUACACCGGAGAGGUUCUAAGCCUCAUGGACGAUCUUUUCUCGGGUCUGGGCUCCUCGUGUGUGGUAGCAGGACGGAGAAGCGGAGAACAUCCUCACAGUAUGAUCUACUCUCUCGUCUUCAAGUGCCUGGAGCCCGACAGCCUUUAUAAGUUCACUCUUUAUGCUGUGGACAGCCGUGGUAGUCGGUCGGACGCGAGUUUUGUGGCCGUCCGCACGUCCUGUCCGAUGGUGGAUGACAGCAAAGCAGAAGAGAUCGCAGACAAAGUGUACAACCUGUACAAUGGCUACACCAGCGGGAAGGAGCAGCAGACGGCCUACAACACCCUGAUGGAGAUCUCCCCACCGCUGCUGUAUCGUGUGCAGCAUCACUACAAUUCCCACUACGAGAAGUUUGGAGACUUUGUGUGGAGAAGUGAGGAUGAACUUGGACCCAGGAAGGCCCAUCUGAUCCUGAGACGAAUGGAUCGGAUCAGUCUGUUCUGCCGCUCGCUGCUCCGCAGUGGCUUCAUCCAAAGCCGAACGGAGAGCGUGCCGUACAUGCUGUGUCGCAGUGACGACACGAGACCCGGUGGCACGCUAUGGCACAGUUCACUUCACGAAACCCGGCUAGCCUGUCUGGAGAAAGUCAUAUCAGUGCAACGCAACAUAUACGGAAAGUCAAAGUUACGAUGAGACUUGACCUUCUCUCUUAUGGUCUCCAGCUUGGCUGUUCUUUUUCUAAACCCAAAUGACUUUGAGACUGUGAGAGGAGGUUUUGUUGUUUCUUUACUUUUCUUUUCUUUCCUUUUUGGAGUUUUCCAAAUGCUGACAGCAGCCUCGGAUGGGAAGAAUCGAUUUAUUUUAAAUUAUUUUUGUUCAUUGUUUCUGCUGCAAGGACAUCACUACUGAAGGACUGUUUACGAAUGUAAGAAUUUAACUGCAUGGUGCUGCAGAACUCCGAACCAGGUUCCCUGAUGCUCAUUUUGCAAACAUAUCUCUUGGAAUACCUAGCCAAGCAAGACGAGAAUAUGAUCUCUCAGCGGUUUUCCUUCUUUUCUAUUCAACCCUUUUUGACAUCGAGUCUAUUAAUCUUUUUAUAGUUUUGCCACAAUUAAUUGAGAAAACUGUAUAAGAAUAUCGUCAGGGUCACAGAAAAUGCUUUUGAGAACAAGUAUAGUCCUGUCACACAUAUUAUAUUUAGCCAAAAGAAUGUUCCUUUACAGUGUCCAAAGAAAUGAAUGGGGGUACUGCUGGCCAAUGAGACCAAUAGAUUUCAUCAAAGUGAAUCAUCUAAUGUAUUUGGCGAAGGGUUGUGGUACAAAAGAAAGCAUUGUGCAGAACUAUUCUGUAAAUGAUUGUCCGGGAACAAUGUGUGUUUGUUGAAAACGCAGUUGAACGAAGGGCCUCGACACAUUUUCAGUAAGUAAGUUGCUAUAUUCCAUGCUAUAUUCAUUGUGAUAGUUAAUUAUGCUAUUGUACAUACAAUUGUAAAUGCAGUAUGUAAUAAGUGAAUAUGAUUUUUUUUGUGUGUGGGGGUGGGGGGAAGGGUCUAUUAAAUAUGUAUAUAGAAUCUCGAGAAGUUUUCUCAGUUUUAUCUAAAAUAUGUGAAGAAUCAAUUAAAUAUUUAAAAAUAAAAACCUGUUACACUA